GUCUCAGGAGUCGGAGAAGCCAGGCUAGUAAAUCAAGCGAUGAGCUCAUCGCUCACAUGCUAUCCCUCCGGCCCAACAGAGGAGAGCAAACACCGUCAUGUGUCCUACGACACAACGAACAGCUGCUGCGUGUCCUCCAAACUCUACACGGUGCUUUCAAGUGUCACAAUUCGCGUGUGUUUUCUUUUUUUUAUCCCAGCGGACUCUAUAUACGGUAGGGACACACAGUGCCAGCGCCUCGCUAACUGACGCAGCCAAGUGCUAGUUUCUAUGCUAACCGUCGUCGCGAGUCGAAUGUGUCUUCAACAUGUCAACGUAGGACACAAAUGUUUCGUAAUAUAACGUGUGUCUUUCAUGUCGGGGGUGAUACAAGGCGCUGACGGACCGGGCUACGUCAUUGUGAAUGUUGACACUCGCAGCGGUAGUUUGACAUCUGAUACUGGUUUUUGCUACCUGUGCUGUGUGAACGUUGCUAGCCACGUAAACUGCCACUGCUGCUGUUGACGUAGCAGGAGCGGCUAACGUUGCCUGUAGCCAUUGACUUUGUUUUCAUGACUUCGCCGCCUCUAUCGUUUGUCAAUCGUCAAAAAAGAAGAAUUAAAGGUUACAAACACAGAGGAUAUGAGCACUUGUAACCCACAAUGCUGUAGCUGGACUUGAGAGAGUUGCUUAGUCGUUCUGUUUCCUGGAUGAUGAAGCGGAUCAUCUGGCUGAUAUCAGGAUUUAAGAGAAGAAUGAUGAAGCUACUUUUUGUCCUCGCUUUGGUCGCCUACAUUGCCUCUGUCUGGGGAACAUACACAAACAUGAGAUCAUUACAGGAACACGGAGAAAUCAAGAUUGAGCAGAGAAUCGAUGAGGCCGUGGCUCCGUUAAGAGAGAAGAUCCGCGAUCUCGAGCAAAGUUUUUCUCAGAAAUACCCACCUGUCAAAUUCCUUUCAGAAAAGGACCGGAAGAGAAUUUUGAUUACUGGAGGUGCCGGUUUCGUGGGUUCCCACCUGACUGACAAACUGAUGAUGGACGGCCACGAGGUGACGGUGGUGGACAACUUCUUCACGGGGAGGAAGAGAAAUGUGGAGCACUGGAUUGGCCACGAGAACUUUGAGCUCAUCAAUCAUGAUGUGGUGGAGCCUCUCUAUAUAGAGGUGGAUCAAAUCUAUCACCUGGCAUCUCCAGCCUCUCCUCCCAACUACAUGUACAAUCCCAUCAAAACUCUCAAGACCAACACCAUUGGCACUCUUAACAUGCUCGGUCUUGCCAAGCGCGUGGGUGCUAGACUUCUCCUGGCUUCUACGUCUGAGGUUUAUGGAGAUCCAGAGGUGCAUCCACAAAAUGAGGAGUACUGGGGCCACGUGAACCCCAUUGGCCCCCGAGCUUGCUAUGAUGAGGGCAAACGCGUCGCAGAAACUAUGUGUUAUGCCUACAUGAAACAGGAAGGAGUGGAGGUGAGAGUGGCCAGAAUCUUCAACACGUUUGGUUCCCGAAUGCACAUGAACGACGGACGUGUUGUCAGCAACUUCAUCCUGCAGGCUCUGCAGGGAGAACCUCUUACUGUGUAUGGUACUGGUUCCCAAACCCGAGCCUUUCAGUAUGUAAGCGAUCUGGUGAACGGCCUGGUUUUGCUGAUGAACAGUAACAUCAGCAGUCCAGUCAAUCUGGGCAACCCAGAGGAACACACCAUCCUGGAGUUCGCCCGUCUCAUCAAAAGUCUCGUCGUGAGCGGCAGUCAGAUCCAGUUCCUGCCAGAGGCGCAGGACGACCCGCAGAGGCGGAGACCCGACAUCCGAAAAGCCAAGAUGAUGCUCGGCUGGGAGCCAGUGGUGCCACUGGAGGAAGGACUGAACAAAACCAUCCAGUACUUCAGCAGAGAGCUGGAGCACCAGGCCAACAACCAGUACAUCCCCAAACCCAAAGCGGCGCGCAUGAAGAAGGGCAGACCGAGACACAACUGAGUCCACCAUGGACCUCACAGAAGGACGUCACAGGCUCCUCUGAGGAGACACAUGUUUAUAUACUCUGCAAAGCAGAGCAUUCUGGGAUAUGGAGUCUCUGCGAGAAGCAGAGGUAUCUUCUGCGUCUUUCAAAAACUUUUAGUUUGUGUUGCCUUGUGUUGGAGCUGCUGCUGCUGCUGUUUGUUGGACGGACAAACCUGAAUCAAGAAAGAAGAAGAAAAAUCUAAAACACAGCCUUUUGUGAAUUUGUGCUCUUGCUGUUCUAAAUCGCAGAUGUGAGAAUCUCGCAGUGAUUGGUGUCGUUCAGUUUCAAGGUUGUUUUGUUAUUUGAUUUGAUUUUUUUUCCUCUGGAUGUUUUUCGUCCUCUCGUCAUCGGCGCGUCAAGCUCGUGCAAUCAGACUGUUACAGCAUCAGCAUCAUCAUUGUCGCCUUUGUCGGGUGUUUUACUUUUGUCAAAUUUCAAGAUGUGCAUUAUCAGUUUCAGGUGAAGAUGCUAUUUUAAUAAAAUAUUUUCAAUA